GUUGUACAGCGGUUUAUGUAUCAGCUUAGGAGGAUUCAUUUAUGGAUAUUACUCAGGAAUCAUCAUUGGUCUCCUUUAUAUCCAAGAUGAUUUUCAUUCUCUCAUACAAGAAGCUAUUUUAAACACGGGUUUCUUCGGUGGCGUAUUUGGUGUCUCAUUUGCUGGUUGGGCAAAUGAUUCCUUGGGUCGAAAAAGAUCAAUUCUAAUCGCAGAUGCUUUAAUCAUCUUUGGUGGAAUACUCAUGAUGUGGCAACAUUUUGUUACCGGAAGAUAAUCUUAAGUUUUGGUGUUGGAUUGAUCUCCGGGACUUCACCACUUUAUUUAUCAGAAAUAUCCAUUCCCAAACUACGAGAUACUCUGAUUUGCACGAAUUGUAGUCUAUUUUCUGCAAUCGGCAAACUUCUGUCAUUCUAUUUGGGGUAUCAUACUAAUCUUCAUGAACCAGCAAGAACUAAUAUCAUGAUAGUAGCAUGCAUUCCAGCUAUACUACAGUUUACGUUGGUACUACCAUCGCUUCCUGAAUCGCCCGCUUGGCUCUACGUAAUGGACAGGAAAAGAGAUGAUAUUGCCGAAGCUUUGAGAAUAAUUUACUAUGAUGAAAAGGAUGUCGUGAAGGAGAUUAAUGCCUUGAAAUUGUGUCAUCGUAAGGAUGAAAAUGAGUCCCUGAAUGAGAAAGGGCAGCAUCAUAGGUCCCCAUUCAUGAAAGCAUGGAGUAGUGGUGUAGUUCGUAAACAACUUGCGUACGGCGUUAGUCUACAAGUUAUCCAACAAUCUGUUGGUAUUAACGCAUUAAUGUGUUGCAUUCCUUUUGUAAUUCGAAUGUGGGGGGUUAAUGGAAGUUCCGUAAUUCCCAUCCAUGACCACAUUACAUGCAAAAAGUACACGCUCUUAAACAUAUAUGGUCACAUCAAUAUUAUUGCUGCCAUUUCCAGCGUAUGUUUCAGUGCACGUUGUAGGAAAAAAGGAUUUAACAGUGCACUUGGUGUCUUGCAAUUUGCGGCUUGUGUGUUGAUUUUUAUAUUCAUGGCGGCACCUGCUAUUAAUACGAGUACAUCCGCAACCAUAAACCGGAGCAAUAAUGGAAGCUCGUAUUACAAUUGGAAACCUUUUGCUGAUUCAGGAAACCUACCAUCUUCAUGGAGUCACCGUUUAUCUCAGGAACAGGAUAUACCACCAGGUGCAGUUUCAUGGGAUUGUUUGGCUUGCGUGAGAAAAUUUACCGAACCUCUACCUUGGUUUCGUGCGGAGUUUCCCGAAGAUCGUGAAGGAAGAUUUCCUUGCCCCCGAUCAUUAUACUGGUUAUUUGCAGCUGAUAUGCUUUGUGUCCAUAUUUUCUUUGUGUCAUCAGAGUUAGAUACCUUCCCAUGGACUGUUAACUCAAAAGUAUACGCCACAGAAAUUAGAGGUUUAUGUGGAGCGAUAGCAACGAUGGCCAAUUGGAUUUCUUUUCUGGUUGUAAGCUUAGUGUUCUUUAACUUAGUCAGAUUUUUAGGCCCUCUCUUUACUCUUCUGGUGCUGUGUUUUAUUGCCUACUUUGGUAGGAAGUUUAUCGAGUCAUUUGCAUAAUUCUAUUACUUAAAAACUCUCCAAUA